AUGGAAAGACCCCGCUUGCCAAAGCAUGUCGAAGCCCAAAGUCCGCAAACUGCAAGAUUACCCAAGGGGUUUCCCGAAAAUCUCCUGCUUCCUCGACAGCGACGAUGCCUUCAUGGUAUACCGGCGCUUCGGCUCGGUAUAUUCCCGCCUCUUGCUGUCUAA